AUGAGCACGACGACGACGCUGGUGGACAUUACGCAGGCGCCCCGAACGGCGUCGUGGUCCAUCCAUGAGCUGCAGCGCCAUGACGCCGACGUCUUGACGUCUGCCUCGCUGCUCAACCUGGCCGAGCUGUGUCACUUGCACAUCCCUGACGAUAAGUUGCCGACGCUCUUGAAGGAAGUCGAAGACAUUAUUCAAUGCACCAAGACGAUCCAGGAAAUCACGCUCGACGACAACAUCGACGACUUUUACGCCCGCAGCGAGGCCUUGAGCACGCAGUCGGCGCCACUUCGGCCCGACGAGGCUCUCGAAGGCAACUGCCCGGACGACGUGCUUGCCAACGCAUCCGUCAAGCACGGCUACUACUUUCAGGUGCCCAAGGUGCUCGAGGAUUAG